UUCACUCCAUGUGUGUGUGGACUAACAUCACAGUCUGGGAGAGUCACUGACGUUGAUCAGUUUGUCAGAGGCAGCGGUGCAUCUUUACCUCCUGCAGGAAAAACUUUAAAGACCUGUGAUGGAAAAAACGAUGGAGACAGGUGAAGUGGAAAUGUCUCUGAUGGCCCCAGGGUCUAAACAAGCUCCUGUGGAAGCAGCGCUCAACAGGUUUGAGAAGAUCUACCAGCCCUGUCUGGCUGAGCUGGUGGGAACUACCUUCUUUGUCUUCAUCGGCUGCGUGUCAGUCAUAGAAAAUGAGGGGUCGACAGGGAGACUUCAGCCCGCUCUGGUGCAUGGUCUGGCCAUAGCUGUCAUCGUGGCUUGUUUGGCCAAGAUCAGUGGUUCUCAUUUCAACCCUCCGUUCACUCUGGCCAUCUACCUGUGUGGGGGCAUGGAGCUGAAUCUGGUGGCCCCAUAUCUCGCCUGUCAGCUGGUUGGUGGAAUGCUGGGAGCUGCUAUGGCAAAGGGCAUGACCUCCAAGGAGAACUACGCCAGAGCCAACGGAGCUGCGUUUGAUGUGCUGCAGUCAGACGGUCAAGUGGGGAGAGCUCUGUUUGGAGAAGUUGCUAUGACCUGUUUGAUCACCAUGGUGCUGCUGCUGGGGGCGGUGAACUCCAGGACCAGGAACCCCAUGGUACCGUUCAUGGUCGGCUGCACUGUUAUCUUCACCAUCUUAGCUGGUGGGGGAGUUUCAGGUACAUGUAUGAACCCUGCCAGAGCCUUUGGUCCAGCUGUGGUGAGCAACUACUGGACUUACCACUGGGUCUACUGGGUCGGACCCAUUGCAGGAGGUCUGUUAGCAACCGUUCUGGUCAGACUCCUACUGGGAGACAAGAAGAUCCGUCUGGUUCUGAAGUGAAUCCCAUGUGACCAAUAUUAUCAGUACAACAUAACCACAUACUGUGUAUUUUCUGGGACAGUCAUCUAGUUAAAAAAUAUGGAAAGUUAAAAAAAAAAUCUAUCUCCACUGGUUUAAGAGUGCCUCUAACAAAGCUGUUUCAAAAAAACGUA